ACUGUUGUCGCUUGUUACCUCCGAUUGUUACGCAGCUACUGUAUGCCGUCCUAGCAAUUGCAUCUAAAAAGGGCAAUAGAACGGGAUUGUGGCCAGAACCCUUUUUCUAUGUUGGUCCGACAAUGUUCAACGCUGAGCAGUGGUAGUGUUUGGAGUCUAACCUGAACCGUGGUAGAACCGUGUAUGUGUUCGUCGUAGCAAUCACACGCAUCAGCGCUAUCCUGCGUCCCAAAAUUUACGAAACGCUGAUACGAAAAAGGAAAAGAAAACUGUGUGAUUUCAUCGAGCCAAACAAACCGUACACCGUAGUGUUGUGUGCAUCAACGAACAAAGUUUGCUCGCCGGAUCAUCUCUUCCCCGAAGGGUGUUGUUUCCUGGCCCCGUUCCCAACUCCAGUUCUAUCAUUGAACGACGCACGACGGGGCGUUUCCGACUGGAUUCGGAAGAAAGCUCAACCCACCAACCUAGCUCUGGCCACUGGUACGAUAUGAUGGUUCCAUUUCGACGCAAGAAAACAAACAAACAGUUUCCAGUAAAAGUGUGCACCUUUGAUUCGGAGCUUGAGUUUCACCUUGAGCACCGUGCAACAGGUAGAUACUUGUUCGAUCUCAUUUGCCGAACGAUCGGGCUGCGUGAAACAUGGUACUUUGGGCUGCAGUUCGAAGAUUCUAAAGGGAAUCUUUCGUGGCUGAAGAUGGAUAAAAAGGUGCAGGAUCAGAGCGUACACAUGACAAACGGCAGCUGUAUGUUCAUAUUCUUGGCCAAGUUUUUUCCCGAAAACGUGGCCGAAGAACUGGUCCAGGAAGUAACGCAGCAUCUGUUCUUUCUGCAAAUUAAGCAAGCGAUACUGUCGAUGGACGUUUACUGCCCUCCGGAAGCAUCCGUACUGCUCGCCUCGUAUGCCGUUCAAGCUAAGUACGGCGAUUAUGACGAAGCCGUGUGCAAACCGGGAAUGUUGAUCAGUGAAAAUCUGUUACCGCAACGAGUGAUCGAUCAGUACCAAAUGACACCGCAAAUGUGGGAGGAACGCAUCAAAACGUGGUACGCCGAUCAUCGGGGCAUGUCCAGAGAUGAGGCAGAAAUGGAAUAUCUUAAGAUAGCACAAGAUCUGGACAUGUUCGGUGUUAACUACUUCCCCAUUACGAAUAAGAAAAACACCGAAGUGUGGCUGGGAGUGACGGCGCUAGGAUUAAACAUAUACAACAAGGAGAACAAGCUUCUACCAGUGACGACCUUCCAAUGGAACGAGAUUUUACACAUCAGCUUCGACGAUCGAAAGUUUGUGGUCAAAACGAACGACAGCAAAAACCCCAAGCCUGUGAUAUUCUACUCGCAAAAGCUGCGCAUCAACAAACUGAUACUGGAUCUGUGCGUGGGAAACCACGAUCUGUACAUGAAGCGGCGCAAACCAGACACGAUGGAAAUUCAGCAAAUGAAAGCUCAAGCGAAGGAGGAGAAGCAGCGAAGGCAAGUCGAGCGGAAUAAGCUAACACGCGAAAAGCAGCUGCGUGAGGCGGCCGAGCGAGAAAAGGCUGCAAUGGAGCAGCGGCUAAUGCAGCUGCAGGAGGAAAUGCGGGCGGCCAACGAAGCUUUGCAUCGAAGCGAGGAGGCUGCAGAACUGCUGGCGGAAAAGAAUCGGCUCGCCGAGGAGGAGGCAAUGCUGCUGUCGCACAAGGCACAGGAGGUGGAACAGGAGAUUAACCGGAUGCGUAUGACGGCACGCAAAACGGAGGAGGAAAAAAUGUACCUGGAACGAAAGACACAAGAGGCCGAAAUGCUCACCGCGCACAUGAUGGAGGAAUCACGCAAGCGAGCACUGGAGGCCGAUAAGCUAAAGAACGAGCUCAUCCAUGCACGGGUGGCGGAAAAGGAGGCGAAGGAAAAGCUGCUGAACUUUCUAAGCCGAACGUCCACCGAAUCGAUACUCAUCACACCCUCGUCAUCACCGGAAUCUCCAAUGCAUGAAAUGCAUUCCUACGAUCUCUUGGCCGAUGGUGAUAUGGAGCAGCUUUCGCUAGAAAUCGAAAAAGAACGGGUUGAAUAUUUGGCCAAAUCGAAACAGGUGCAGAAUCAGCUGAAGGAGCUACGCUCCGAGAUCGAACAGCUAAAGAUUGGUGAGAAUCAAUGUCCACUGGAUGAUAUCAAUGCCGAGCAGUUGCGGCUAGGUGAGACAAAAUAUUCCACCCUGAAAAAGGUUAAGUCCGGUUCAACAAAAGCACGAGUAGCAUUUUUUGAAGAACUGUAAGUUGUGUUUAAUCUCUGUACUACACCCUUGUUUCGUUUUUAGUUUUGAGUUGGUUGAGCGUACGCUUUUCUUUUCUUCCCCCUUCAUUGCUUCUUUCCACUUAUGCUGUUCGUGAGCAUACAGCACAAAGGUUCAGCAAACUAGAGCCAUGUAUGCAUUACGCUGCUGAACGUGAUUCCUACACAUUUUUGAACAAAAUAAGUAGCAGAAUCCGUUCACUUUCUCCAAAUUCACUCAAAGUGUUCAGUGCAUUACCAAUUUGCUGUAUGCAUUUCGGAACAGACGGAUUAGAAAGAAGCUUUGAUAGUGGUUAGCAGCUACAAAAAAAGGCAUUGAAAUGUCGUUUGCUUCUGUUUUCAUUUUUAGAGUUGAAAACUGAAUAGUGCAUUAAAUUACACUGUGUAUUACAGUCGCUGGCCAUCUAAAGUCCAUAGUUUUUUUUUUUAUAUAGUUUUGCUUAAUGUUCUCCGUUCUGUAAAAUACUGCGUACUCAAUUCCUUUACACACUAUCAUUUACAUAGUAUUUGCAACGUACGUUACAGUGGAAAAUUGCAGUAUAUAGUUUGAUAAAAUAAUGUCUUUAGUGAAACCGUAGAUUGGUGUGUAUUAUAAUUUAUAUGCGAGAUUUCAGAGAACCCCCAUCACACUAUGAAUAGCUCAUCCGUACUAGACGUUGUUUUAUAUUUUAUAUUAAUAUAUCAUACAUCUAUUAUAUGUCAACAUCUCUAGCGUAGUAUCAAACCCGUUGUCAUCCGCUUCCAUUAUUCGAGCAUUGUGUAGCGUGUAUAAUAAAGUGAAUUGAUUCAUCUUCGGUUAUGUUUCUGCUCAUUUUUGCGUUGUACCACAUACUUCCACCCAUUUGGUUUCGUCAUUGGUUCGGAGUUAUUUGUGUUGGGGUGUUUCGUGUGUGAGUGUUUCGUUAUUAUACAUUUAUCCAUUUGGAAAUUAUGGUUUAUGUAUGUGGUUAAGGACACAACAUUACAUUUGGUUGCUAUUGGUUCAUUACGUUUUAUUCAUCUCUCGAUGGUGUGGCACAAACUUCUUUUGUUCAAACUACAUAAUCCGUUGUGUUACGGGGCUGUGGAAACUCAGCGACUGGCCAUUUCAUUCGUUUUAUGUUGCGCUGCAAUUGUUCAUGUGUUAUAAGAGACAUAGCUGUUGGUUGUUGGGUUACAUGUUGUUUUAUUCACAAAACACUGAACGAGUUUGUUGGUAAAAUGGAAAUGAAACUCUGAUGCACCAUAUUCUGUAAAUUACAGGGAGCCGGAAGAAUCGAUAGUAUAGAGGGAAGUAUAUAUGCGAGACUGAUGCAUUAAUUUCUCGCCACCAUCACCAGCCAUCUCAGGAAUGACAACUAUUGUAAACGGUGCCUUAUGAAAAUUUCGAACAUAUCAAAUUGUUGUGAAAAGCAACAAA